AAUCACCGAAAUCAGUACAUACAGCAGGAGCAGCAGCAGCAGCAGCAGCAACAACAACAAAAACAGAAAGCAGAAAAAAUGAAUGGACUGAGCUUCAGUGAGAUUUGCUGCUUGUUUUGUUGCCCGCCCUGUCCCGGAAGGAUCGCCUCAAAGUUGGCAUUUUUGCCGCCCGAGACGACAUACGACUUGAAAGCCGACGAAGAGGCAUCCACAAAAUACUCCCUUGUGCUAAACGAACGCGCGGACUGGCAAUUCAGUGAUAAGGAGAAGGAGUGCUUCGAGACUUUUUACGCUCGUUCGAGUCGUGGCAAUCGCGUUGCCUGUCUUUUUGUGCGAUGCAGCUUGAAUGCAAGAUUCACAAUCCUCUUUUCACAUGGCAACGCCGUGGAUUUGGGCCAAAUGACGAGUUUCUUCAUCGGACUCGGACAACGAAUCAAUUGCAAUAUUUUUAGUUAUGAUUAUUCCGGUUAUGGCAUGAGCACAGGCAAGCCAAGCGAGAAGAAUUUAUAUGCAGAUAUCGAUGCUGCUUGGCACGCAUUGCGAACUCAAUAUGGCAUUAGUCCUGAAAAUAUCAUCUUGUACGGUCAAAGUAUUGGAACAGUUCCCACAGUUGAUCUCGCUAGCAGAUAUGAAGUUGGUGCAGUAAUUCUUCACUCUCCAUUAAUGUCGGGAAUGAGAGUUGCUUUUCCCGCUACUCGUCGAACGUGGUUCUUUGAUGCAUUCCCAAGCAUUGAUAAAGUCCCGAAAGUAACAAGUCCCGUAUUGGUAAUUCACGGCACCGAAGACGAAGUAAUCGAUUUUUCGCACGGUUUGACAAUCUAUGAAAAGUGCCCGCGUGCCGUUGAACCAUUGUGGGUCGAAGGCGCUGGGCACAACGACGUCGAGAUGUACAGCCAGUAUUUAGAGAGACUGAAGCAAUUUGUUUCCGUCGAACUAGUCAACUGACAAAAAAAGAAAGCAAACAGCGGCGGCGGCGGAGGAGGCGGAGCGGAAAACAGCACGAGCAAAGCGGCAAAAAACGACAAAUCCGACAAGAAAGAUGCCAACGAUAAAAAGGAGAAAAGUGACGACGAUUGUUCGAUGGAUCUGAUAAAUGGCUCGAUCACGAUUAGUUCGCACAAUU